AUGUCGCACCUCGAGCGCGCGCACGACGCGCGCGCGACCGCAGACACCGACGACGGCCGACGCGCGUCCUCUGAUCCGAGUCCGUCGACGCAGAGCGCGUGGAAACGCACCAUCGCGUCGUGCGAGGUGCGAUUUCCGUUGACGCCGUACAAGUCGCAGGUGCAAGUGAUGAGCGCGGUCGUUCGAGCGGCGCGCCGAGGAACGUGCGCGCUCGUGGAGUCGCCGACGGGGAGCGGGAAGACGCUCGCGCUGCUGUGCGCGGCGCUGGCGUGGAGCGAGAGCGAGAGCGAACGCAGGGAAGACGUGGGCGUGGACGACGACGAAGACGGGGAGGAGGACGAAGCGCGCAAACGCGAGACGAAGAGAAUCGGAAACGGUAAACCACCAAAGAUUUAUUACGCCACGCGCACGCACGCGCAGAUCGCACAAAUAGUCGGUGAAUUGUCGAGGACGGCGUAUAAGCCGCACACCGUGGUGUUGGCGUCGAGGGAGCAUUAUUGCGUGAAUAAGAGCGCGAGAAAGGGCGGAGACGUCAACGCGGAGUGUCGAAGGUUGAUGGAUGCCGGCGCCGCGGGUGGGGACGGGAAAGGGUGUUUUUAUAGCGGACAAGGGGCGAGUAAGUUGGCGUCGUUGGCGAAAAACCAUCCCGACGCGCUGGAUAUCGAGGAUUUGGUGAAGAUGGGGACGUCGAAGAAGGGAUGCCCGUACUUUGCGUCGAAAAUCAUGGCGGAGAGCGCGGAAUUAAUUUUCUGCCCGUACAACUAUCUCUUGGAUCCGCGCACGCGUUCGGCCAUGGACAUCGAUAUCGAAGGUUCACUCAUCAUUUUCGAUGAGGCGCACAACAUCGAGGACACCGCGCGCGAGGCGGCGAGUGAGGAAAUAAUUUUAGACGACGUCGCGAACGCCAUCGAUCGUCUGAGCGAGAUGCGGCGGCGCGCGACGGCAAACGUGAGCGAGUGCGAAUUGGUGUUGAGGAGCAUGAAGGGCGUUUACGAUUGGUUCAUUGGAUUUUGCGACGAAAAAAGCCCAAGUUACGGUCUGAAGCAAGCGCAAGAAGCGUUAUCGGCGAUGGUUCGAGGGGAGCAGAUUUUACAAACGUUGGCGGAAGCCGGGCUGACUGAAGAGAGCGUUUUAGAAGUCAUGCGAGCGCUCGGCGUCAUCACCAAGUAUAAUCAAGAGAACAAAGAUCCGAAAGAGCGCGUCGCGGGCAGCGUUUUCAACACCUGUGAAAAAGUGCUGAAUCCUAUCAAGUUUUUGCUCUCGCGAGGCGAAGUCACCGCGCGCGAUUACAAAAUCGUCUUCACAAAGACGCGCGAAAGCGAUCGAGUCGUUUCGACGCAACGAGUGAACUCUGAAUUGAAUAGAUUACCCGUGGAAGAACUGGUGAAGAUUAACUUUUGGGCACUGAAUCCAGCGCUGGCUUUCAGAGAGCUCGUGAGCGAAAACGGCGGCGCGCGUUCAGUCGUGCUCACGUCUGGUACUCUCGCGCCGCUCAAUUCGUUCGCGAGCGAGCUCGGCGUACCGUUUCCCAUCCGCAUGGAAGCCCCGCACUGCGUGGAUAUGGAUCGUCAGGUCUGGGGCGGCAUCGUCGCCGCCGGUCCGAGCAACAUAGCUUUGAAUGCCGGUUACAAGUCUCGCGGCGAUACUAGUUUUCAAGACGAACUCGGCGCGUGUUUGCGAGACGUCGCGAAAGUCACCCCUCACGGCUUGCUCAUGUUCUUCCCAUCGUACAGUCUUUUGGAAACCAUCGUUCGACGAUGGCGCGAAACGGGACUGCUGCGCGCGAUAGAGCAGGCGAGCGGCAAGAAGAUUUUUCAAGAACCGGGUAAAUCAUGCUCGUACGGUAAAAAACCGGUGACGCUUGAGACGGUGUUGGAAAAGUACUAUUCCGCGGUGGCGACGAGCGUCAAGGCAGCAAAACAUCCGUACGCUCCGGCUCCAGCGAACGCCAAAUGUCGAGGUGCCAUUCUCUUCGCCGUGUGUAGAGGCAAGAUUAGUGAAGGUAUUGACUUCGCCGACGCUAACGCGCGGGCGGUGAUCUGUGUUGGGAUUCCGUAUCCAAACAUCAAAGACGCGCUCGUCGCGGCGAAGCGAAGUUACAACGAAGAAGGAGCGCAUCGAGGUUUGCUGAGUGGCUCGAAAUGGUACGAUCAGCAGGCUUUUCGGGCGCUCAAUCAAGCCGUCGGUCGAUGCCUGCGGCAUCGUCACGAUCACGGCGCAAUCAUGCUCGUCGAUUCGCGUUUCAACAACAGCAACAUCCAGGCGCUGCCGAAAUGGUUACGUCCCGCCAUGCAGAAGAGCGCGUCUCGCUUUGGCGACCAAGUGAAAAGCUUGGAAAAUUUCUUCGUUUCGCACGCCGAGAAUCCACCGAGCGAUGACGCUCCAGCGAGCAAGACAGGCGACCAACGGAAGAAUAGCAAACGAGCGAGAGUGUCCAUCGUCGCGACGUCUCCUCGAAAGGCGAUGCGUAAUACGCCAAUCACGAGCUUCUUUCAAAAGGCGUCGACGAGCAACGCGACUCAUUCAGAUCCUCUCAUGCGCGACAUCGAGCAGCCAUCGAAAAAGACAAAGGAUGACCAAAUCGGUGACUACGAGGCGCCAGUGUUCACGGACGACGACGAGCUUGACGUCGACAUUGACGCGCUCAUGGCGGACAACCAUGAGUUAUCGCCAGAGGCGAAUGUCGCGCAAGUUCUCGACGGUGUCGAGUGGGAGGAUUGGGAAGACGACGACGAUCUAAUGGCGCAAGCCGUGCAAGCGACACAAACCGCGCACACGAUGAGUAAGGUAGAGAGCACGACACCGACUGAACAAGUCCUGGAUGUCGUCUCGCCUCUCAAGCAACGCGCGAAGAAAGUCUGCGGCGACGACUCCGUCUGCGCCAAGUGUGGAAACACUCGCUAUUCGCAGAUUGACACCGAAAAUGAUGAUCGAAUCGCGCUUCAAUCUCAAUAUUUGGAUUGUGUUCUGCAAACCAAGGCGAAUGACAUCCAUGAAUUCGCCGUGGUCGAGAUGCGCGGCGGUUGUUGCGCCUCGCCGCCGUCGGAGACGGUUGAAUUCGACCGCGACUUGCGCGUCGCCUUCAGUCGAGUGAACUCCUGCGAUGGCGAUCGAUUGAUCGGAUUACGAGUGGAAGCAACGAAUGCGAUGUAUGCACACUUGUGCGAUCGCGUCUUGCUCCGGCAACACGACGCCCGCGCGUAG